GCGCAAUUACGUGGAAGCUUCAGCAUUCUUCACGCCAUUACAAAAGCUUUCUUCUUCUCAAACAUCAAAUAGUUUUUUUUUUCUCUGGUUAAAAAUUAUAACAAUAAACAGAUCUGUGUGAUUGUAUUUUGACUUUUGAUCUCGAGACAAACAAGAAACUAAAACAGUCUUGGAAUCAGACAACGUUCGUAUAUUUUGGACAACCAAGACGUUAAGCUGCCUUGUCUUACAAGAAACUAGAUUUUUGUCUCGGGGUGAAUCUACGAUCUGAUCUCCGAGCACAGACAAAUUAACAGAGACAUGGGAGGUGCAGUGACGAAAUCUGAAACUCUGCAAAAAGAAUGGGUUCCAGAGACAAAGUUGGAGGCUAAGAUCAUAGAAGCCGUGCAACGCAGGGCAUCGAGAGGCACCACAAUGAAAUCUUUCAACAGCAUUGUUCUCAAGUUCCCAAAGAUCGAUGAUGGUCUUCGAAACUGCAAAGCCAUUUUCCAAGAAUUUGAUGAGGAUUCAAACGGGUCUAUCGAUCACACAGAGCUAAAGAAUUGUAUCAAGAAGCUAGAGAUCUCGUUCGAUGAAGAAGAGAUAAAUGAUUUGUUCAAGGCUUGUGAUAUUAACGAGGAUAUGGGAAUUACAUUUACAGAGUUCAUUGUUCUUCUGUGCCUCGUCUAUCUUCUUAAAGACGAUUCAUCCACUCUCCAAAAGAAAUGGACAAUGGGAUGCCGAAGCUGA